AUGGCGUCUAUGGGUGUAUUUCUUGUCAUUUCUCUUCUUCUAGGAUUUGCACUCGUAAAUGGUGAACACUUGCAAAAUACGCUCAACCUCCCGCCACGGGUGCUGCUUCCGUAUGUCGCUAGUGGAUCCGUUCAUACCAAUUUUUCCUUCAAAGUUCUGCAUGGAUGCUUCGUAUGGUGAGUUAGUUUCACUCAGAUAAACUUAAGAGUUCCCGCCAAUUUGACAGAUUUUGACCUAAUCCGAAAUAAGUCAUUUUGUUUUACUCGAUGUUGAUGUGUUAUUUCUGAGGACUUCGAGUAGACCCGAGGUUGCUUCAACUCAUCCCGUGUACAACGAUGGAGACGAAGUAUCAGGUACGUUAAAAAUUACUCGAAGAAUCUAGAACCUCCUCGCACGUGCGUUUAUCUUUUCGCUCACCGGCCUCAAGGAAAUAAUGGUCAGUUGAAUGCAUGGGUCUCAAGUCUGAGUUAUUUGAAUUGUGCCGACCAUAAUUUUACAACGUCUAUAUUUUCUCUACUUUUGUGGGCAAAAAAAUAAACUCUAGUCAGUUAGGGAGGGAUGUAUAGAACCGGGUGAGGAGGCAACGAUCCGUGUGAGCGGCGAGAUUGCAUAAAUACAUGCAGGACACAAAGCGAAAGUUUGAAGUUUGCCCCAUAUUUCCCCAAUGUAUACCACUGAAAAAACAACUCUAUUGAAAUUUAAUGAAAUAAGAAGUUAUAACUUUCUGUUCAAAGUCUAAUAGAUUUCUUCCAUGCGAGAACUUAUCACAAAAUUUAAACCACAUUAAGUAAUUUUUUGUUUGUCGCUGUUAUUUGCCAUGAUAAAUUACACUAGUGGAAGAGAAAAAAGUACACCUCUAUUUAUAAAAAUAGAUUUUUUUUAAGUAAACAUGUUUGCAAAAUACAACAUUCAAUAAAUAUGACAUUAAAACUUAAUUAACUAUUUAGCCAUGACAUCUAUGUAAACAAUUAGAAACUUUCGUGCCAUGCAAUUCUAAGAAAAUUUUGUAAAGGACUUCAGAAUAGUUCUUUUUCUGAGCAGUUUAGAAAUUGAACCUUAACAUUCUUCUGCAAUGUUGAUUUUGGAAAUGUUGAUAUACUUAUUAGGGAGAAAAUGUUCAAAGGAAGCCAUUUUAACAGCCCAAGCGAGAGUUCCAAAAAUGCAAAUGACAGAAAUAUUUGGAGAAGAUGAAGGUGAUUUAUAUGGUCAAGUAAAUUUGGCUUUUUAAUUAAGUCUUCCAUGUAACUUAACCCUUUAACUUCAAGAUUUGAUGUAAUAUAUCAAACACGGGGAAGAGUGUUUCAUCUGAUAUCCAAACACCGAAAAGUGGUUGAGAAAACGAGGUGUUUAGAUAUCGGAUGAAACACCCUUUCGAAUGUUUGAUAUAGCUUCUCAAACCAUUAAUAAUUCUUGGAGAAAAUCAAAGCAAAAGUUCACCAUAUUUUAUGAUAAUUAAGAUCACAUAUCCAAACCUCCUUCAUGGUUGUAAUUUCCUUUGUUUUCUCAGCAUGAAUUAUUAAUGAGUUUGAGAAUGUUGACUCCCUCCUCUUGCUGUUACAAAUAUCCAUGGAAAUUAUAGUCACGAGAAUUUGGUAUUUGAUUAAGAUGAUAUCUUCUACCUGCUAAAUUUGAGUAUUCACAUUAACUGUUUGCUGAAUGAUGUAUGGAUAUUGUAGGGAGAAGUUACUUGUUAAUCAUGUUUGGGAGUUGAUCAUGAGUCUGGAGAAUUUGUUCUCAGAUCCUGGUAGUAAAAGGCUUUUUACAACAUCUUAUAUUUGUAUAUCAAUGAAUAUUAUAAAAUAAUUCAAAUGGUAUGCGCACUCUGAUUGGCCAUAAAACCAUUUUACAUGGGUGUAUGUAAACAUGGUUUUUGUUCCUCUUUCAUUAGUUAUUUUAUAAAAGAAAUGUAAGAUGGUUUCCGUGUUUACAUAGCCUGAUGUAAACACUUGGGAGGUUGGGAGAACACUUGAUAAGCUGGAAGCCACUCCGCUUUGCAUUGUGGUUUCCUACACUUAUCUCGUGUUUACAUCAGGCUAUGUAAACAUGGAAACCAUUUUACAUUUCUUCAGUGUUUGACGAGAGGACUAAGUCAUUAAUUCUUAUUAGUUACACUCACUACAUGCCUAAAAAGUGCUUCAUUUUUACUGGUGGACCUCUCCUGCAGUUAAGCCUUUCAGGUGCAGCCAACAAAAACAAGCAUCAUAUGUCCAAACUGAAAGGGCAGAUAUAAGGAUGUAAAUAUUACUAAAUGGGUUUAGUGACUUAAAAUGUGGAACUUGCACAAAUUUUUAUUUCACUAAAUGUACUUAACUGUAAAUAAUAAUCACUGUCAAUCAUUCAGUACUUUUUUUUUUUAUUCAUCCUUGUCAGUUACUGGGGUGGUUUUGCGAAGCGAUGUUUAUGUACAUGACAUUGCGAAGAUUGAAAUCGUUACUACCACUCGCAAACUUUUGCUUGGGGAAGCACCAGCAGUUUGUCAUAUCCAGGCCUUUGACAAGGAAGGUAUGAAAUGUUGACUAUUAUCAUGAUGUAAAACCACUGUAGUUUUAUGUUUUAAGUUGCUGCCAUUUUAGUAGCCCCUUGUUAUGUGUAUAGAGAAAUUUUGGCAAGUAGAUUUUGAAUUAAUGUUACCUAAGUUGCAGCCUGUCUUUCAAGGUCUUGUGUAUCCCAGCAAGCUAUAAUAUUUUCACUUUUAGUCAAAGCUGAAUAAACAUUUGCUUAAACUUUUACUGAUAUUCCACUAUUUUUUCCUUCUCAUGAAUAGGCUAAGCAUUAGCUUGUAGGCAAGAGAUGCAGUUCGGAGUACAGUGAAUAAUGUAAUUUGACACAAAGUGUUUUGGGCUAUUUUUUUUCUUUUUGGUAAAAAGUACCAAUAUUUCAUUUCUGGUGACAGUUUUUUAAUUUUUGCUUGUCAGAGGGUAACUUUGAAAAAUGUUGAGCUUGGAGCUCUGCCAUGGAUUAUUUGUGUUGCUGUGAACUUCACAGUGAUAAUUAUUUUAAAAUGUUUUAUUCCAGGAAAUAUGUUUUCCACUCUGGGUGGUCUUGAAUUUGAAUGGGAACUGAAGACAGUUGAGGGGGUUGGUUCAGUUAAUGCAAAAUCUGUGUUAAGGUAAGACUGGAUUUAUUCCAUUUUUUAUUUUGUAAUUUUAGAUUAUUUUGACAUGAUUAUUUGUAGUUCUGUGUAUUUAAUUGAAGUUUUGCAUAUGGUAAAGUUCAGAAUUAAAGAUGAAGCCUGGCUGUUUUAAGGGGGCUGUCACUUUAUAACUGCAUGGCGCAAAAGUGUGAAAAUGUGCAACACAUGUAUAAUUAACCCUCUAAUUCCCAAGAUCUGAUUCUUAAUUCUCCCCUCUAGCUGCUAGACCUUUCCUUGUAAAUAAGUUAUGAGAACUUGGUGCUAGAUCAAGAUGGCAGAUUCUACCUGAUAAGUUCAAUUAUUCUCAUUCAGGGCAUGAAAUUACACCUAAUACAGGCGCCAAUGCGCCUAAAUUUUUCACUUUGGUUACCAAAUCCUGAAAGGUUAGUCGCCAAAUUGGCGACAAGAACGUUUCAUCAUAAUCUUACCAAGAGAUAUAGUGAAUUAAAAAGAUUUGCAAAGAUAAAUCCGCGGCAAACUUCCUCGUUAAGUUUGUUUCCAAAACGUAGCACGUGCAUCUCGAUCGAUAACUAGACGCCAUCUUGGAUUUAGAUGAGCCUGAACGUUGUAUAUCAUACAUCCUAGUGUCCACUUUGUAGCACAUUAAAGAUCUUUUUCCUAACUUAAUUUUGGAGGGUCUAUCUAGAACACUGACAGGGGAAAGAAAAGUUUUGUUUGUCUUUGAAAAUGGCGACCAACUUUUUUUGAAUUGGCUACCACUUUGAAGCAUUUAGCAGCCAAGUGGCUAUCAGAAAAAAAAAAGUUAAUUUCACGCCCUGCCCUCUAGCUGCGAGACCUUUCCCUGUAAAUAAGUUAUGAGAACUUGGUGCCAGAUCAAGAUGGCAGAUUCCACCUGAUAAGUUCAAAUAUUCUCAUUACCUGUUUGCUGAAUAAUGUAUGGAUAUUAUAGGGAGAAGUUUCAUGUUAAUCACUUCUGGGAGUUAAAGAGAGAUUUGAUUUUCAGUAUUUCAUUUUUCACUUACACCCUAUUGUUUGCUUGCCUGGUAGAUUUAUGCAGUUUUCGUUUUCAAGUUAUGAAACUUCACCAGAGAUAUAUUCUUUAGAAGCAAAGGUAGUGUAACAAAAUACUAUUUUUCUUUCGUAUGCUUUACUCUUGUAAGUUAUGUUUUUGAAGCAAUUUGAUUUGAUUUUUCUUUGUCUGGUUAACAUCAUCAGUAUGCAACCAAGGAAACUAUAAAUGGAAUGGGUUUGGAAAACUCUCGUCAAAAGACAAGUUUUAAAGCCGAGUAGAUGGAUACGAAAUUGUACAUAAUCAAAGCAGUUUAAAAAAAUGUGAUUUUAGACAGCUACUGGUAACUUGCAUGUGAACGAAAGCCUCAUUUCAUGGUCACAUACAGAAUAAUAACAACUGACUUGCUUGAAGAUUAUCUUGUAUUUUAAUGUUAUUAUAAUAUUCUCUUUCUUGUGCUUGAGGGUUAGUUCUAACCAGUUAUCCUUCUGGAAGUUUACAUUCUAGUUCAUGAUUACCUUCUUGGUUGUUACAAUUUUUAUGUUUUCUGUUGUGUCGCUGUCCAGGGUUCAAGUGGAGGUUCCAUUGUAAUAGAACCCAUCAACACUGGAACAGCAAUUGUCAAAGCAAUGCUCAAGGAUACAUCAUUUGCUGUAAGUUGUGUACAUGCCACAUUGUUGAAGCACCUUAGACAUGAUGUACAUAUCUGUCAUGUUGUAUCAUCUUGUUUCAAAAUGGGAUGGUGAAAAGUGUCUUAUAGUACUAUAAGUAACAGUCACAAAUGAUACAUAGACAUAUUGACAGAGACAGAGUGUGCUGCUAUUUUUAGUGGUGAGCUUGUGUUAUUUUUUCAAAAUGGCAAUUGUGCUUCUUUGGAUAUUUUAAAACCACUUAGAGCUUCAUUAGAAAGCAUCAAAAUAAACAAGUCUAAAUAUGAAAUCAUUAUAAGCUCAGUUCUCACCAAAUCUUCCUAAAGUAAAUGCAAAUCGCUAAUCACAGCAAUCAAUAAACGCCACAAGCAAAGCUGGCUUACCAGAAAUUUGCAUAUAGGAAGAAUCUUUGUUUGAAAUAAAGAUAAAUGCACUACACUUUCCAAAUCCAUCGAAACACUAAAAUAAAUCAGACAUUGAUCAUCUCAAGGAAAAUCUCAAUGUUUAGUGCUUAUUUUUGCAAUAUCCAUGCGGUUUAUCAUGCAUGAAGUGAAAGGAACUAUUGUUUUGCACAAUGAUUAUUGUAAUUUGGGUUUGUGUGAAAUCAUGUGGAACAAAAUGUGACAGUAACUUUGAACGUGCACAAUUUGACUACGUGUUGCGCAAAAUAAUAUUUUUCUGCUAGUAGUGCCUAUAAAUCAACCAAAUAAAAAUGUAGCAAUCAAUUGCCAGAUUUACCACAGAGGCAAAUGCACAUCCUUGGAUUUGUAAUUUCAGUAAUUUCUCGGCUAAAAUGAAAUGUCAUUUGGUGACUGUCUUAUCUAGCCAUUCUUUAGAAGCAAUGGUUGCAGUUGUUGCUUCUCAAAUUGUGCAGUUAUUUUGUGCUCUUGUAUAGAGAGUAAACUUUUUUUGUCUUCUAAAAUUGGUCAAAAUAUAUAGUCUGUCUGACAGUGUUGUUUUUGAGAUUAUUACAUAUAUUUGAUUACCUUUAAAAUACUACUUUUUUUCAGAAUGUUUCUCCAGCUGAAGCAAGAAUUUUAGUUUUAGAUAAUGUGUUGUUAGUACCUGGCUACGAUGUGUAUAUCCUGGUUAACACAUCCGUCACGUAUAGUGUUAACAGAAUGCACAGAGGAAAGACCACAGGUUUGAGAAAUUUCAUCUUGUAUAAUUUACCAAAUUUUUUUUACAAAGUUGAUAUUCAUAUUGAAAGAUGAAGUAUCAUAAAAAUUAUCAAGCAAGUCUUUCUAACAUGUUUGUUUCAAGUUUACCCAACUGCAAUCUACCUCAACACAUCUGCCUGACUUUUACUCAGAUACCUUUUUUGACUAUGUAUCCUUAGAGUUAUAGACCAGAAUUACCUGAAGCAGCUUGUAAAUAAAUGUAACUGCUGUUGUUUACAUUUUUCUAUGCAGCAAUACCAAUGCCAUCGUCACAAUUUGAAUUUAAACUGAGCAAUACCACAGUAGGCCAUCUGAAUGUCAAGAAAUCAAGUGUGCUUGGUGUCAAGAUCGGUUACACCAAAGUUACUCUUGUUGAUAAAAGUAUCCUUUUAUAGCAUACAGUGCAGCCAGCUGCCCCCAUUUUGGUCACAGUGGAUUGUAAAAACAAAUUUGGGAAACUAAAUUUGAGGCUAAAGUCCCCAAUUUUGCAAUCAGUGAUUUGGGAUCAUACAUGCAGUAGCAGUAAGCUCUUCAUCAUGUCAUCAUUUAUUUCAUUCAUUUAUUCAUUCAUUCAUUCCUUCCUCCUUUCAUUCAUUCAUUCAUUCAUUCAUUGAUUCAUUCACUUAUUCAUCACUUAUUCAUUCAUUUAUUUAUUCAUUCUUUAUUCAUUCUUUUAUUCAAUUAUUCAUACUUUCAUUAAUUCAGAAAUUAAUCCAUUCAUACUUUCAUUCAUUUAUUUAUCCAUUCAUUCAUUCAUUCAUUCAUUCUUUCAUUCAUUCAUUUAUUCAUUCUUUCAUUCUUUCAUUCUUUCAUUCAUUCAUUCAUUCAUUUAUUCAUUUAAUCAUUCAUUCAUUCUCUCAUCUUCUUUUAUUUCAUUAUUUCAUCAAAGGAUUACAUUCAGUAAAAGUUAGUGCCGCACCAUUUUCCACAAGAAAAAUCCCCCCUUUUUUCUGGUUGUCUCAUGUGCACUGUGCUAAGUAUUGAGCAAUAACUUGUUACCUAGAUUUUUCCUAAUAACUAAAAUUUUAUUUCUGGCAAGCCAUGGAUGAUUUCCAGGCAACUAAAUACAUAUAGUUGAGUAUGGAUCCCUGGUACAUUUACAGAAAUAGAGACACAGAGUUAGGCCAAUUUAUUUUUGAAGUGCAGUGAAUAUUUGUGUCAAUCCUGUAAUCCGUUAUGUAUUGUUUUAGUUUUUUACAUGGUUAACCUUUGGUUGAGCCCCCUUUACUUGCCCUGCAGACAUGCUUCUCAUGCAGGCAGUACAUCAACCAGCUGUUGGAGUUCAUGUUGUGGAUGCAGCUUUGUUAGGUAUAUGUUUUUAAAGACAUGAUCCACAGCAAUAGUAACAUCAGAAAAUGACAGCAUUGUCUUUUUUAAACAAACAGUUUAUUUGUGACAAAUGGGUGUGAUGUUUAUGACCAAAUGAGGAAUUUACAAUACUGCUUUUGGGGACUAUCUGAAACAAAUUCUAACUUACAUUAUGUCAAUACUUAUCUGCUUGAUAAUGUAAAGCAAUUAUAAUUCUGUUGUGGACACCCAUAGGAGACAAAGAAUUAAGCUACAUGUAUCAAUGGAAGAUCCCCUGUUCAGCUACCAUAGCACUUGUCACUAGAUACUUGAUGAAGACUUGCAGGGUUGUACAUGAACAUUUGUGGCAAUACAAUUGUUUGAAUCUUUUACUUGACCAUACACCUUAUAUAGACUCUGAAUUGAUAACAUGUAAUUCAACAUUAAUUUAUUGUCGUAACUGCUAAGAAGGACACCUCAACUUAAAAUAAUUUCUGUUUGCUCUUUUUUUAGGUUUCAGUAUUGUGCCACAUCCAGACUGGGUGUUACAAGUGGGGAUUGAGUAUGAUGUCACUGUUCAUAUCUACAGUCAUGACAACCGCAAAGUCUUUAUCACUGAUGUAAGAAUGAUUCUGUUUUUAAAGGAGAACACUUUGAUUUAUCUCAAAUCUUCAUUUUAUUUUUCUCCACAUGAUUUCAAGCUCUUUUAUUUUUCAAGUUGUCAUGAUCUUCAAACCUAAAAUGAUAAAAUAGUUUCCAGAAAUAAAAGUUUAGUUGCUAGAAAACUGCAACAAAAGCAAAAAGCCCAGGCUGGCUGUUGUUUAUGAAUGUAGGCAAACCAGUCAGCUAUUAACCUCUUACACCCAAACAUCAGUAUGCAUAUUCUCCAUACUGUUCUCUAUACAUUUCCUAGGGUAUUGACAAGGAGAAUUUGUUUAACAAUCAAGAACGUCUUUUGUUGGUGAUCAUUUCCUUUAUUCUCAUAACCUUGAUGUGUGAUUCAGGGGUAACAUUGUUAGGAGAAAUCAAAUGCUAAAAAAAUAUAGUUACUCUUAGGGGUUGAAGGGUAAGCAAGGUUUAGCUAAAGAGUUGAACUUGGGAUUAUCAUGAAACAAAACAAUUUGAUUGAGGGAGUGAGUAGAGGAUUUAAACUUGGAACCUUCAGAUUCUGAAUCCCAAGCUACUAAGUUUUGACAAAUUAGGGACUGUUUUGCUCUUGAAAACUAUUUGUAACUGUCCUGCUAAGUGAACUUUUAUUCAUUUUACUUUUUUUUAUCAGAAUAUUCGCAUUGAUACCGCAUUUGAUCCAUCAUACUUCCAAGUGCUCUGGUCUUCAGCUAAUGGCUCCUUUCAUCAUGUGCGAACUCUACAGAAAGGCAAGACCAUGUUGACAGCCAUGUACACAAGCAUUAAGGUGCAGUUUUUAAUACUCGUGUAAUGACUAAAAUUUCCAACUAUGCCACAUUACAAAUGAGUUAUUUUAGAAGUGAUUGAUGUGUAGUUUUUGCUUAUAAUUUUAGACUUUUAUUCCCAUUAUGUUUGUUGCUCUGAUGCAGUACAGAGGACAAUGAAUUACUCUCUAUUAUUUUCAACUAUCUGGAAAUGUACCACUGUGAAUACAUCAUUUCUUACUACCUACUACUACUGAUAGUUCUUAGAUAUGAUAGAAUAAUAAGCUUUAAUCAACUGAGUUGAUAAUGUAAUUAUUUAAGUUUGAUACCGUGCAGAGUUUCUACACUGAUGUUCCAAGUGUUAACACUUGGUCAGAACAAAUCAGAGCCCUUUAAGAGCCCUUUACAUUAUUAACUCAGUUUUAUCUUGUUAUACUCCCCCACCGACACAGCACCACAGUUUCUUUAAAAACCCACCACCUUAAAUAUAAUACUUUAUCAAGAGUUCAAUGAUGGAGGAGUGGAGCCUUUUGGGGUGAGCCUUGUUGACGCUAACACACUUUUUAAUCACAGAUUCUUGGUACAAACGUGAUCCACACCUUCAAUAAUCCCAUCUCAGGACAACAAGAAGCAGAUAUUUUUGAUCCAGUGGUUGUCAACCCUGAGAUAAUAGUGUUCCCAUGGUACCCACCAGAGCAACAGAAAGUGGCCAGCCACACCCAGUUUCAAUAUUUAUUGGAGGUACAUAAUGACAUUUCCACUGUUAAUAAUUAUAAUGGUACCUGCAUUAUGCCAUGUCUGGGGCUCAAAGGCUCUGUAAAGUAAAUGCCUCAUGGCAAUAUCAAAAAAAUGUUUAAAGAGGAAAGAAAACCAUGUUAAAUUGUUGUCGGUGUUCUGAUUUUAGCUCAUCUUGCCUUUUGCUUUUUAUACCGAAAAACUUUGAUAAGAUGUUAAGUUACUGUGAGCUUUAUAAAGUUCCAAGCUUGAUUUUGUCUCAGCAAGUAGCAAUUAUUAUUUUUCUUUUAACUUUUCCUUUUGGUUUUCUCUCCAGCCAUCUGGAGGAAGUGGAAUGUAUAUUUGGUCGUCAUCUAACACCUCAGUAGCCACUGUAAGCACCAAAGGCAUUGUUAUCACAAGUAAUGCAGUAGGACACACCCAGGCUCGUGCAGCAGACAUGAAGAAUCUGGCAAUUUUUGGAACAGCAGAGGUGGGUUCCUAACCUGUUUUGAAUACUCCUUCAUCUUGCAGAGUGAUCAGUGUACAACUUCCUUGGUAUAAUGUUUAUACCUUACUUAUACCUUAGUCAGUAUUCAGUGUCACGAGAAGGCCACCUAAGGUCAAAAAGAACCAUAAUGUAUCAUUCUAAGGGGAAAAUAGAUAGAAGAUUUGUUUUUAGGUCUGGUUAGUGUAAGAAAAUUGUAACAAUUGUUUCCUUAAACGAUGUGAUGGCAAUAAAAUGACAUGUGACUGGAACCUUAUUCUGUGGGUCCUCCUAAGUGUGUCCCCUAAACACUCCUCUGUUAUUUCUGGGAAUGGCAGGGAGAGGAUCCUAGGAAUGAGGUUAAUUGAGGAGUCUUUUUUAAUCAUUUUAUAUGAAAUUUCUCAGGUUUAUGUCCUUCCACCAAGAAAAAUGGAGUUUCUUCCCUCUGUUGUUGAAGCUCAAGUUGGUUAUUCAUUGUCACUCCCACUGGCUGUAGCAACCUGCAUUUAUACAGGUAAAGGAAAAGCUCUUUGUUACUGUCAUUAUCAUCAUCUGUCCUUACUGCUCCAUAUACUUCAUAGGUUGCUUGAUAUAGUUAUUGUUCAAUCCCUGAAACUGUGAUUUUUUUACAUGCAAAUUUUGUUUGGCAAACUAAGUACAGCUAGCUCUAUGUGUGUUGUACCACAGCACAGUAUUUUUAGUAUAGUGGUGUAGUCUAAUUGUCCAGUGUAGGGAUCAUUUAGUCCUGCAAAGAACUGCUGCUGAGGUAGAUCCUUGUGCUUUGCCAGCCUGAGCAGAGUUUUGUGUGAGUUUUUUAUAGCCUUGAUGUGGCACUGAUGUUGGCUUUUGCUCAGGGUUUUGAAUUGUUGGUCACUGUUGCCAACAAUAACACUUUACAAAUGUUGGUUAGGUUGAAACAAGUAAUCAUAAAAUGAUAUUAUAAUUAUUGCUCUGUUUCGUUUCUCAGCAUGCCAAGAGUUCCAUGUUUUCACCGAUUGUCGCUCUCUCCCUGUGAUGUAUUCUUUUUCUGACCCUUCUAUUUUCAAGUUAGUUGAAGAGAAAAGUAAGUAUAAGAGAUUGGCUUUUUCUUAAUUUGAUCAGAAAUUGUCUCCAAGCUCAGAUUUCAAGAACUCAAAUGAUUACUUUCUGAAGAGUUCUAGUUGUCAUCAAAAUAACUUUUUCUGCUGAUGUGACAGGUCAGCAUUUUCAUGGGCAAGUUAUUUGCCAAUCCUUAUUAAAGGUUAAACUCAUGAAAUUGGCUUGAUGACUAAUAGAAUUUUAUCUAGAGUUUCAAGAUAUUUUCAAGCACUAACUGUACCUGGUGUGUGUCUUGAAACAGUGUGCUUUUUAAUGUCUACUUUUAGGAGAUUAUGAGAUAACUGCUGGAAGUUGUAUGUCAGUGAAGCUUCUUGCCCUUCGUUCUGGCUUCACCACACUGACUGUGACAUAUCAGUACAAGGACAUAAUUCUACGUUCUAUGGUGACUGUUGGUGCUUAUCACCCACUUAAGGUUAGUUAUGAGUUAACUCUUAGGUAUGCAGAUUUUGCUUGAGAGUUGCAAGUGCUCUGUUGUCUUUGGCUGUGGAAUGUUACCACCAAAUGCAUUUCGUGGACAAAAGAUGGGCUUGAGGUUUGGUCGCUGUGAAGGACAUUGCUGACAAGAUUACCGUGCACUAUGCUUAAAUGUUCCUUUGUAGGCCCAGAGAGGGACAUCUGUUGGCCUGCAUUGUCUCAAAGUCAAUGUCACCCUAAUGCCAUGUGCAUUGCAGCUGCAUUUAGAAGCAGUAGCUAGUUCUUCCAGAAGGCUCCAUAUGUGGCAGCUAGUUCCUGUAGUACUCUGGCUAGCUGUUAAGUUUUGGUGAACUAGCCACAAGUACACAUGCAGUAUAAGAAUUAUUUAUCUAUAUGUAGGUUCUAGAUCCAGUGGAUGUUGGUGUGGUGUCUUUGUGUUCAGCAAAGAACCUCUUGUUAGAGGGAGGACCUCUUCCUUGGAUUGUGGAUACUUCUGGAUAUUAUGAAGAAGGUAUAUAUAAGAUAUAUAACAACUGACUGUUUAAUUGUUUGUCUCAAGAUCUAGAGUCAUUCUCAAUUGUAGGGUCAAGCUGGUUGUAGUCAGGUGAUAAGGUUGAACAUUAGGUGUGGCUGUUUAGGCAGCAUGGUUUGUUAGCUGUUAUUGUUUUAUCAUUGGUGCAAUUUGACCAGCAUGAUUAUUCAAACAAGUUUAUGUUCUCCAUUAGAUAUUUGCUUUGUUACUCCCUACUUUUAGGAAUGAUAAUGAGCAGUCCUCAAUUGAAAGCUUGACUCUAUAAUUAAUAGUGCAUUUAAAUUAGGAGACAAUUGGUUAGACACUGAUAUAACAUCAUAACUGUUGAACAAAAGUUUUUGUUCAAACAGAUGUUUACACAUGCAAUAGAAAGAGAAUUUCCAUUGGAUAUUAAGAGCCAAUUUGACAAAACUUUCUGCCUUUACCUUUGUGUACAGUUUUCUGGGUUUGUAUGGGUCCUAGAAAACCUGGAAAGUCUUGGAAUUUUUUCUAAUCCUGGAAAAAGACUACAGUUCCUGGAAUGUCCUAAAAAUCUGCUUAACUCAAGCAAUAAAGUUUUCAGAAUUUAUGCUUGUAAUGUAUUUAGACCAUUAGGAGAAUUGAGUUUAAAAUCUUGGGACUGUAAGAGUUUAAGGUGAAAUUUGGUCUAUUAAAGUCUAUUAAAUUAUUUUUCUGAAGAAGGGUGCAAACCCUGAGUUUUGCUUGCCUCCUACAGAUGACUAACCUUCCCAUCUUCCUGUUGUUUGACAGUGAUUCCAGAUCCACAGAAAGAGGACCAUGUUUCUGUUGGGUAUUAUCCCACAUCUGACUAUCUUGGUUAGUGAAGAUACUAUAUUUAUCACUUGACCCUUCUGAAUAGAGGGGGGUCUUUUUUCUGGUUAUUACCCAGGGGUGGUAUUGUUAGAUGUUAGUCACUCUUAUGGGUGAAAGAGGUAAGAGACUUUCACUCCACAUGAAUUUAAGUUUUCAUAUGUAAUGCAUGUAAUGCAUGUUAUGCAUGUUAUGCAUGUAGUGGAGUAUACAUGUAUUAUGGUGUGUCUUUUUCGUUUCAGUUGAUAACAGUGGAUCGUAUCAUUAUUUUAACAUAAUCUGUUUAAAGCAAGGUGAACAGGUAAGAACUCUUUCUUUGGUCAAAAUUAAAUGUGAUACCAUAACAUUCUGUGAAAACAUGUGGUCAGUGAUAUUGAAGGGUUGGUGCACUAUGGUAGUAGCUGAGGAAGACAGCCUUCUCAAUGAUUGCCAUGAUUGCAAGAUGAUUGCCAUGGCAAAUAAGCCACUCCUCAUCUGUGGGAAGCUGUUAACACAACACUCACAAACUACAUGUAGGGUAGAAUGAAUACUCACCCAAGAUGCAGAAGGGAGGGAGGGAGGGAGGGAGGGAAGAAGGGAGGGAAUCAAAGAGAGCAAAAUAACAAAGCAAAAAGAGCAAAAGCAUAUGGUAAUGCCUCUUAAUCUGCCCCAAAAGCUUAAAAGGUUUUACUUGUUGGAAACAACGAGGAGUGGUAGACAGCAAUAUAUCAUAGUUGAUAGCAUAUCACAAGUGACAGCCCUGUGACAAUUCUGUAAUAGUUAAGAACAAUAAUGAUAUUUUGGCAUUACAACAACUCUUCAUGUAUCUGUAACAAUCAAUCUCAACAUGCAUCUAAAAUCAGAACAAAACAUACAUGUUGUUAACUGUACGUGACAGAAUGGGGCACCAUUUUAGUGACCUAACUUCAUAUGUAAGUUUGGUCAUAAUGCCUGCUAGUUGGAGUUGGGUCUCAAAUAAAAUGGCCCCUUGUUUUAGGUUCUCACCGUGAAGAUUGGAAACAAACCAUCUGCAAAGAAUCCAUACCCAGCAAGCUCCUCUGUAUCAAUCAGGUAAGAGGUAAAACGUAACUGAUCUGUGUUUUAGCGGAAGUACCAGUAUUGUGCAAAAGUAAUGCAAAUGAACGAUCUUUCGUUGAAAGUUCGAGCAAAAGUUCGAGGCCUUUCAAGUGACAUUUCGCAAGAACAAAGGGCGCUUUUCAUAUGUGAUGCAUGUAGUUUACAGUUCAUGUAACGCAUGCGCAAUAUUUUCAAACUUCAGCCAUCAACACAAAGAAUUAGAAUGGCACAUUAAACAGACAAUAAAUAACAUUUAUGUACUCAAAGAUUUAUGUUAUUCUUCAUGGGAACAAAUGGAAAAUACGGUUAGAAAGGGCGAAACAGGACUUCCUUAAUGCAUGCUCUUGAAGUUAAAUGUGUGAAGGAUAAGGAAUACUCAUUAAACUUCAACCUCAAAAUAUGGCUUCCUUCCAUCUUUUGAUUCUUCGACUAUAGGGCAGAUUGUUGCUGAAACUAAUUAUCGUGUUAAUCAUCUUGUGAUGGUUUUUCAUCUGUAGUCCAUGAAAAAACUUGAUUCUGCUUUUGCCUAAAAAGUUACUUAUUAAACUUUUUUUUUGUAGAUUUGCAUGCAUGGACCCUGCAUCUUUGACAAUUGUUCCCGACAUAAAACUUCCAACAGUGGAUGGGCGUCAACUGUCUCCUGAAAAUUGUGUGAGUUCGAACAAAGAGGUAAGAGGUACUUGAAGAUUUACUUUGGAACCCCCCUGUUCAACUUUCUUAUGCUAGUGUCAGUACUUGUUAGUACUUAUUAGUAAUUGUUUAUCAUAAAGGUUUGAGGUACCCUCAACCAUUGGUCAUAUUGGGUCUGGAAAGGUGGCUGUUUUAUCAGAGUUUUCAGUGAUAAAUCCAUCAAAUUGAGUGGCAAAUUUCUAAACCUACCAUUGAGAUUGUAAAAUUCUGGAAUACAGCAUGUGUACCAUUUUUAACUGACCCCAGUACCCCAGGCUUGACUCCCUCCCUUUCUUUCCCCCCCCCCCCAACCCUCCCUCAAAGCAAUGUUGUACUUUGUUAAUGGCAAUAGUCCGUCAAAUAUGCGAGGGGGGGAAGUCAUUGUAUCGAGGUAUGGUAAUGUAUGAAGUUCAUUUUUGGAACAAACAACCCCAAAGUUGCUAGACAAGUGGAACGGUAUGCAUGAGAUACAUUUUUGUGGGCAAAUGCGUUAUCAUGGAAAAGUUUGUUCUGCAAGAGCGACUAUUCAUUCACCACUUAUGUCACCAUUACAGCCUGAACCUUUUUAAUGGAUGGACCAAAUUUUAAAAUCUGCCUUUCAGGAAUCUUGGGUUAACAGAUACAUUGUUUGUGAUUGGGAUUGAAAAAUUUUUAACUAGUGGCUUUGUCUCGGGUUUCAGAUCCAUGUGCGCAACAAUCAACAGUUAAACCUUGCUGUCCAUCUCCGUGACUCCUUCGGACGCUUAUUUAACAACUUCACAUCACUGACUGUAGUUUGGUCGACCAGCGAUCGCACUUUGGCAGAAUUUGUUGACAUGACAAGUUCUGUUAAGAUGAUGUUUGUCAAAUACAAGGACGAUGAAAACCUUAGAAGAGCAAUGUGUGAGUGCUUUUAAUUUAACUGCUUUCAUUCCCUGAAUUUUGUUUUUUUUCCCUCUUUAUUAUUAUUUUUACUUAAAUAUGAAUUCACCCUGAAUAUCUGAAACUUAUCGCAUACUAAUCUCUUUUCUGUUUGGUUAGCAUAUCAAACUGUCAGUUUGAGCGACAAGAUGGGUGGAGUUGUUAUCGAGGCAUCCAUUGAAGGCUACCAAUGCAACAUUUUAAGAUGGUGUCGAAGGGAAUUGAAGGUUAAUUUUUUUAACCUAAAUAUGUCCAGGUGUUCAAUAAACCCAGUUGCCGGCAAUCUACCGUCAGCCAUAAGAUCUCUCACCUUAGUCCGCUUACCUUGCAAGAAAAGCCCGUGUUUAGGUUUCGCCUAACGGCCCCUUUUCUGGGCACAGCCGGCAAUCACAUCAUCAGCAACUGCUUAGGGAAAAAGUUAUUGAAACCCCUCCAUGUCUGAAGUAAUGAUUAUCUAAAGACAGGGUUGGUCUGCAUCGGUAGGCUUAUUGAUAGUACUGUUGUGGUAAAUUUAAGGAGUGUUAGCCCUUUGCCUGAGUAUCUCAGGCUCAGAAGCGUUAAGCAACCAAGGGUAUUGCAACCCCCCACUCCUCCCUGGACUGUAUACUUGUCCUCCGAAGGGUUAUCCCCUUCCCCCCCUCAUCAUUUCAUUAGAGUUCCCUAACAGUACGUCGUAUCACUGAUUUCCUUUUUGAUAGUGGCACUACCUUAGUCGUAAAUUAAUUGAGGUUUUUCAUCACCUUGUACAGAAACCCGUUAAGUUUAAUUUGCGAGGGCAUCUGAAAUUGCUGCUUGUUCCUGAAAGGCAACUUGUUCCACCAGCCGCUUCAAUACUGAAUCAUCCUGAAAACCAAGUAAGGCUUUAUCCAUAGGAAUAUCCAUAUGGAAUCCUGUACUUAAAUCAAGUUAAUCAUGCGACAUCGCAUUCUGUAGAAGAAAAUAUCGCCCGCUUACGAGUAACAUUCACAUCUCUCUCUGUUUGACAAUAAGUUCCAAUUUUCCGACUAAUUGCCAUCCUCACACAUCCGUCUUGUAGUGUCAGUCUCGUACAAGAUUUUUGUGGCAUUUCGCUCGCCUCUUGGGCAUCAAGAAGUUGAAAUGCUCUUUUUCUUUGGUGUGUAUUUUAAACAUACUGAAUGGUACAUUAUCUUGUUUUAUUUUUUUCCAGGCUGUUUUCCACAUUAAAGGAGGCUCGGGUCACUUUGCUGUGAAAGGAAGUAGCAAUGCUAUCGCAAAAGUUAAUUACCAAGGAAAAACUGACAUACUAGUGAGUUGAGUUAUUGUGAAAGUCGUGAAUUUAACCUACCACUUCCUCUCCUUCGUGCCACAUUUACUUGAGUCAGAAUCUUUCUUUUGUAAUGUUUAUUUGGUUAGGUUAUCCCAAGAUCCGAGGGUCUGUUCACGGUGAUGGUGCAUGAUUUGUGCUUGGACUCAACCGGGCCAGCGGUUGCCGAUGUUCAAGUUUCUGAUGUGUACGGUGUAGAUGUUGUUGUUGUCAACAAGGUAUGUUGAUGCCACAAGGUAGAAUUGUGAAGAAUUGUUGGUUUGAAAUGAGCCUUCUCACAUUUUUGUCGUCUUUUUUGCAAUUCAAAAUCAGUUCCGUUCUCCAAAACAUAAAAUAUAAAUUUGCCACCGUAAGGAGUUUAUAAUGCUGACGUCUCGUCAUUCGCUCUGAGGAAGGCCUAACGCUCGAAACGUCAGCUUUAGUAUCUGUUUACGGCGGUCAGUUUAUAUUAUCAGCUCAGUUGAUAAACCAAAUUAUAAUGUAAAACUCCCACCGACGCAGCACCACAGUUUCUUUACAAACUUACCCUUUUUUCUAAAAGAUUCAGAUUAGAGACAGAUCCUCAUGAAAGGCAUUUAGAGUUACUGUCUCCUUAUCACAUUGUUUAAGUUGCUAUUUACUGUAAGUGUUUCCGUCAAAGUGACGCAACCUGCUUCUCUUCUAAUAGUAGUUUGAUAUAGGCUAACAGGAUCAGUCAACGCCUUAAAUUGUGGUUUAAAGGAGCCUCAAGUUUUUAAACACAGCCUCAAGUUGUACAUGUUACUGUGCCCAUGAACGGUUAAUGUCGCUGGUCAUUUUACCUAAGCUGCUCGUAAGAUGUACUCCGGGACUUACACUCAAGCUUGGUAUCUAUGAUUCGUGCCUCUUCCUGCUUGGAUCGCUGGAAUAAGUGUUGUAAUAAUACGGAAGCCAAAUAUCCGUACAUAUUAACACUCUACUUUCUUUUUUCUCACCCACUCAGCACUUUUAAUUCUUUUGAUUUUGUAAUUUGAAGUUUGACUCCAUUCAAUUCUGUGCGUUUUGCUUUUAUCAGAUCGAGCUGUACGCAUCAGAGACCCUGAGGCUCAAAUUGCUAGAUAUAUUUGGGGUGCCACUGUUGUUCAGAAAUCUUGAGUUUCUCACCUUGACUCCAAAUUUUACUCCAGACAUUUUAGACAUCAGGUAAAGAUAAUUUUGUGUAUUUUCACGUGCAAAAUACAUGUAAGACCUCAUUAAUUCUGUAUUUUCUAAUAUGGCAUAUUCAUCAUUCGGUUGACCUGUUUCCGUUGAAUUAUUUUUUUAAAAUUAUCCUCAGGCGGGACUUUGAGCUUGAAGACAAGGGAGUAAAAUCAAUCAAGAUACUGCAUAUUUCACGGUCAGAGGACUCUCUCUUGGUACUGCAAGCCUCACAUUCACAGCAUCAGCAACAGGGAGAGGAAAAGCGACAAGUGAUCCAAAGGAUAUCCAGGUGUGUCAGUCUGUUAUUAUGUGUUCUAUGAAACUAUUUGCGUUCCCAUAUCAUUGGUGUCGCUUCCUUCUGGAUGUUGUGCGAUUGGACUGACCGACCACUCGCCUCGAUUUCAUGCGAGAGCUGGGGUGAAGCCCCGUGGGUUGACUCGCUUCGGUCUGGAUGCCAUCGGGAGAUGUGUGGAUAAAUUGUAACCAUUUGAUCGAACGAUACGAGUUAACACAAAUCAGAACUGUAGGCCGCGCUACCAUUUGAUGUUCGUAGGUAUAAUUAUAUAUUGGAUUUUGUUACGCCAAAGGUCCAUUUUUAAACUAGAUCAAACACUUAUCCAUGCUAUGAACUAUUUGUUCCACCACCUACCUGUACCACCACCCCCCCCCCUCCCCGUCCUUAGUGAAAAUUUAUUUCAAAUAGCUAUCUAAGGACUUGAUAGGGUAUUUAAAAUCUUGUUAAAUUGUGAGAUUAGCUUCGCCCAGGAGGCAAGUGAGGGGAAAAAUCUGCUUGUUAAAGUGAGACAUCCACUCAUCAGAUUUUGCUCAAAUGUUGAUGUUUUCAUACUUAAAACUCUUUGUGAUUAAUGAUCUUAAAAAAUUUCCUUUAAUUUUUUAAUGACAGGUUUUUGCACCCCUAAGGCUGGACCCAAGAGUGGUGGUGCUGAUUCGUGGAGCUUCAUUUCAGGUACAGUUAAUAUAGUUGUCUUAGAGUUUUUCAUUCCCAUGAAUUGAAUACUAAUUCUUUGCACUCUGCCAUGCGUUUCUGGUCAAGGAAAAAUAUAGGCCACAACAUCUUAUUUAGAACGUGCGAUUCACAUCAUUUUCCAUCUUUUUGCCCCUUAAUUUGGAAACUAGAGCAAAUUAGUUUCGCAGAUCAUCUGUCUUCUUUGAACCAUGACUAGAAAAGAUUUCCAGGUAUUUGCCAGCAAGCCCUUCAUGAAGCAACUUAUCAAGCGACAUUUUUUUAAAAAAUUGAUGGUCUUUUGUCUGGAUAUAGGUUCGAAGUUCAGGUGGGCCCAGUCCCCAGGCGGCAACAAUCUUCAGCAUCGCUAACCACACAGUGGCAACUGUCAGCAGCGUGGGACUGGUGGAGGCACAGCAGCUUGGAACAACAAACCUUACUGGGUUUGUACAAACAGCUGAUCCAAUCAAGGGACAGACGGUGUUGCAUUCCAAGGUACACUUCAUCUUAUACGUUAUUCAUACCAAGGCAAAGUAAAUACAUCCAAACAGAAAUUGAAAUAGCCGUUGUGUGCUCGACAGUAUUACACUUAAGGUUCAUCAUGAAUAAGGAACGCGUUGCCGAACAGCCUGAUCAGUGUUCCAUACAAUUGAGGACACAACACUCUUCCGUCGUUUUCUUUCGUCCAUCUCUGAACCCUCUGACUUCCACGAUCUUUGAAUCCCCUUUUGAUAUUAAUUAAAUUCGCCUUUUCACUCUCAAAACAUUUAUGUUUGCAAGGGAGGGGAUGACAAUAGAUAGCAAAGAGGAUUUUUUUUUUUCUGAUUUCCUUGAUUUUAUUGCGUCCUUGUCUCGUGUCAUUCUUUAGGAUAUUGUUAUCGUACAUGUCAUACAGCUGAAAGGAAUUAUUAUCAAUGUUGCCUCUACCAACCUUGUCACUGGAACUAAGGUAUGCUUAACGUGUAUGAUUAGACAUUUGACGAUGCUGAUUUUAAAAGGUCGCAGUGUGCAUUUUUUAAUUAUUAAGGGCGUUUCGUUGUCUACGUUCCUUAAAUUUUGUGGCAGAAAGACGUAGGGAAGAAGGCUAAAUCUGCACUCGAGCCAAGCAGCCCACGAGACACCCGGGGUAUUACCGCCACCAUCACACCCCCCCUCCUCACGAGACACCCACAGCGCGAAGCAUGGAGCGAGUAGGGGUAUUGCCCCCCUUUCCCCCCCCCCCGGACAAUUCGCCGGCACCCAUUUAUACCGUUGCAUCUCCUACUCAGAAAGCCCUGUUUUGGAUGCACACUUUAUGUUUUAAUCGUAUGUAAUCGCUGAGCAUAUGUUAUGACAACUUUUUAUCGCAUUUUUGACUUCCAUAUUGUUUAUAACAGAUCAGCAUGUAUGCAGCUGGUUUAAACGAUGAAACGCCAUUUACUUUUGCUAACGCUGUACCUGGUUUGAAGUUCUUCUGGACCUCAACUAACCCCGAUGUAUGUCAAGUCAAGUCAGUGUACGUUUUGGUGAGCGAAUUUUAACUUUUUUUAAGGCAAAAAGAGUGUUUGUAAAGAAUAUUGUAGCUCAAACGAAAAACAUCCUUCUAGAAAUUUGCAGUUGAUUUUAACUCACUAUCUCUUUCUGCACUCUUUGGAAUUAAUUAUUUUGCUCCCAUCUACUGAGUGAGCUGAAUUUUUUCCAAUUUUGUUAUCAAUAGGACAAUGACAAUAUUCGGAUGAGGCAGAGUGGUUAGAAAGGCUCUGCCUUUCAAAGAACUAAUUUAUUGUUCGUGUAGUGUAAUCGUUUGGUCGAAGACAGUCCUCAAAAAAUGAAGACUGUUGUCGAUAGCAAUGAAUGACGUUUUGAUGAUCGGAGCGGGGUCAUCGUUCGAUUCAAGUGAGGAGUUAUUUAGGUAUUCGAGCGUUUUAAGUGUGGUUCUUGUAAACUUAUAGGUCAUUUCUGCAAUGACGAUAUCAGCUACAAGAAUAAGGUACAAUAAGUCAGUUUGGAUGCGUUGCUAAAGUUCUUCGUUUUUUUUCAAUUCGGUUGUUUUGUCGUCUUCGUUUUCAUGUGUUUUACAUCUAUUGAGUGAAGUCUGUUCUGAGGAUUCUGUCUUUCUGUCUGUGUUAUUCGUUAUGAUUUCAGAGUGGGGUGGCUGUGGAAAGCGAGAAUGAUUUCCGUGUGGAUCUGCACUGCAUUAACCCCGGACAAACGACUGUACGACUCAGGGUGGUAAUAACUGACCAUAGUUAUCAACAGGCUCAUGAGGACGCUUUGUUACAAGAUGAGGUCACAUUUGAGGUGAGGACAGCAUCUAUGAUCUCUCAAGGUAUUUAUUAAGCGUGUUGUUAAAAAGGUGAGACUGGGAAAGAUACAUUUCGAUUGGGCGUGAGAAAACUAUAACACGGAUAAAAUCAAACCGAGGUCAUCUUAUAAAGAAUGAUGUAUACUAGGAUGAAAGAAUAACGAAAAAUUUGACGCGGGUAAACGCGUUUGAGGAAGCCACGUGAGAAAGAGAUAUUUUUUUCGUCCUAUCACGAGCGUUGGAAAAGGAAAAUACUCUGAGUUCCACUGAGGAAUCAACCUUAGAUCUUCGGAUUCUGCACUCCGAUGCUCUACAAUUGAGCCACAGAGACUCUAUGGUCAGCCAGGCCAUUACGAAGUCACGUGUUACCUAUGCAACUGACUGGUUCAAAACAACACACAUGUUAAAGAGGAUAUGUUUUUGGUGUUAUUGAUUAGACGUUGAUCCAUAUCCUCUGCGACAGUGUCUUAUAAAGGAUAACAACUCUUGGUUACUUUCGUAAGUCGUUUAUAUUACCUCAACCAUUUUGCCCAGUUUACCCUGAAAGUGAAAAAAAAAAAAAAAAAAAGCAUCUUUCACGUUACUUUUCAUCACUUAAGGUUAUUGCCUCGCACAGAUAAAGGAAAGUUCCUCUUCCUAAAGCUCAUGGUCAUGUCUUCAGCUAGCGAAAAGAAAUCCACAAAAAGUGUUCCCGUUACUUUGACUCGUUUCUGUUUUUGUUUUUGUUUUUUAAUUUUGCUUUUUUCCUUGACAGGUCUAUGAAAGGCUGCAGUUGAUUUUCCCUGCAAAUGGCUUUCUACUUCUUCCUCACAAUGUCAACACCAAAAUCCAGACAAACAGGUGUGUGGGCGUAAUGAUUUUUCCCAAUGACAAACUUAUGUCGAGACCUAUUGCUCCAAGAUGGACAAUGAAAAAGGAGAAAAAAACUCCCUUUUUCUAACCUUCGACAAUCAUUCUUUCUUGGUCGUUGACUUUGCCAAGAAGGGCACUGCAAAUGUGUGGCUGGAGGGGUUAUUCUGAACAGAAAUUACCACUUUUGGCAUUUACGUUUGAUUUUAUACCUUAGCCCCUAUUACAUAUCACCUCUCUUCCCACGUAAGGUACUUAAAUGUUAACUGUUCUGCAGAGAUGGUUCGGCAAGAAUAACCUACGAGAUGAUAACAGACUGUUCUAAGCACAACAUGGCUUCUAGUGGUGCUACUAUAGCUGGUGUCAGUAGAAGUGGUCAGGUGUCCACUGCAUCUCUGCCUGGGACGGCUGUGGUGUUGGUGACUGUCCAUGAAGAGUUCGGCAUCAAUCAAACUGCUGUUGUCCAUGUGGAGGUAGGGAUGUGAAAACAGUCUAGAUCAGGACACGAAAAGCUCGCUGCAACGCGAAUAACACUUUGCAAAAAGUCGGGGUUUUUAUUGCUCUGCGAUGCGUUGCGUGGAAAAGCAGCUGCAACUACGACAGAAUUUUGUUACUGCAAUCGGUUGCACGAAGUUAAACUGCUUUGAUUCCAUGCGAUUCGGUUUUUAACAAAUAUCUCUCGUUUCAUACGAGAUAAAUUGUCACUGCGACUCUUUCCCUCGACAUGUGGUAGCGAUUGUUUUUGGGAAGCAAAACAGGCGGAGGGUUUUUUGUUUUUUUCCGUGUUAUCGAGAUAUGACACUGCAACGUGUGUGUCCCAAGCUUUAUGUAAACGGAUUCUUUUGAAAGCGUUAAGUCCGGACAAACGGUGUUUUUUUCUUUGUGGAAAUUAAAUUACUCUGUCUAAACGUUUAUUCUCGAUAUUUUUCAGGUCAAGGCUGUUUCAUCAAUCGUUAUAAAUUGUCAGUCUCCCGUGAGAACGAACUCUGACAAGCUACAUACAUUUCCCCUGGGAAUGAAUGUCCUGUUGGCUGUAACAUUGCAUGACAAUAUCGGACGAAGAUUUGCUGUUGCCAGUAUCCCGCUCAAAUACAGGCUCAACAGGUUAAAUAUAUUGUUUUAUUAAUAUUUUAUUGAAGUGCAAUAGUACUUGGUUAUUAGGCUAUUAGACUUGCUUCUUGAACAACCUAGAUCGGUGUGUUAACUUUCCCUACUUGAAGUUAGCAUGUCCUUUUAAAUUACUUCGAAGAAAUUGAUUUAGUUUUUUAAAAACUACCUCUAGUUGAAACGUUUGUAUAUGGCUUAACACCAUUUUUUUUAAAAAUAAAGAUGUAAUGAUGUGGCGAAGAUAAUUAUUGUGAUGAUAAGUAGACUAAGAGCAGACCCCCCCUUUUUGGCGAUGUCCGUCGCGCAAGUGAAAAAAAAAAAAAAAUCAGCAGAAAAAUACAUUGAUGUUAGCGCGCCGCACAGACCUCUGGGAGUGAGGUGCUACACACCCAGAAUUCCGCGCAGCGCUUGAACAUCUAUGUUAAAUUUUUUUUUCCUUGUUCCUUGACUCGCGUGACGGACUUUGCCAAAAAGGAGGUAAUGCUCGUGGUCUAUAGUGAACAGGAUAACAAGCAUUUAUUCACACCUUUUUGAGGUUGAUGCAGCGCAGUAUGUAAAGAAUCCGCCUACUAUUCAAAUUGUUGAAAUGAGCCGCUCUGAAAUGAUACUAUUGUAGUAUGUAACGAUUAUCAAGUCUAGAUUUUGUCUCUACUUGUUAUUUAACAGAGCGGUAAAAAGACACGGAAAGGAGAAUUUAUUAUCUUCUCACAGUAUGACAUUAUUACUUACCAAUACGUUGUCCGGUAGAGUAAAUGUGCUUAUUGUUACCAUGUUCUUCUUCGUGAUAGAUUUGAUGCCGUUCAUGUUGUACCAGGACCAGAAAAUGGCACUUUUUAUGCCAGGGCAGUAAACCUUGGUGAAGCCAUCCUUAAGGUGUGUGGCAAACCUCUUCAUCCCUCUAAUCUUUAAACCGUUUUAAUACGUUUUAACCAAAGCAGUGCACUCUGUACGCGGUAUUCGGUAAUUUUGAUCGACCCAUGUGAACGAAAAUUAUGGAUCGCCUCUGGUCUCUUUGCGGGAUCUAUAAUGAGCCCUCCUUUCCCUUUUUCAGUAAUCUUCGCAGUCUAGAAGCCCCGCAUUUUAAUGAUGGUAAAGGGGGGGGAGGGGGGCUUAUUUUAGCAUUUAUGGUACAUUAUGUAUGCUUGUUAUCUUAAGUGUAGUGAGAGAAUCUUUCCUCUGGAAGUGCAUGUAUUAAUAUAGUCUUUUUCGCCGUACACAUCAACUAAAAAUGCAAUGAAGAUAGUUCUUCCUUUCGUGGUAAAAUAUCGCUGAAAAAGUUGAGAUUUCCCGGAGAAGUUUCCUUUUAUAUAAACAAAUAUGCUUCCACUUUUCAGAAGUUGAGAUUUUAGGGUUUUAUAAAAUGGUCAUGUUUCAAGGAAAAUUCUUGUUUUUGGAUUUUGGACACUUGCAUAUACAUGCCAGUUGAGGAUGGCGAGUAACGCCAGAUAGUGGCCGAUUGUGCAUUUUGGACACUAGUAACAAAUUUUGAUUUUGGACACUAGUGGCCGAUAAUGAGUUUGGACACUGGUGUCCAAUUUCGGAUUUUAAUUUAAAGUCUCUGUUUUUGGAUUUUGGACACUAGUGGCCGAUUUUUCUUCGGAUGCUAGUGGCUGAUUUUAGAUUUUGGACGGUAGUGGCCGAUUUUGGAUUUUAGACACUAGUAGCCAAUGUUGGAUUCGGGACACUAGUGGCUGAUUUUUUUACAUGUUUUUGACGGUAGUGGCCGAUUUUGGAUUUUGAACGCUAGUGGCCGAUGUUGAAUUUACGAUUUGGAUUUUGGAUUUUGGACAUUAGUGGCCGAUUUUGGGUUUUGGACGGUAGUGGCCAAUUGGAUUUUGGACGCUAGGGGCCGAUUUUGGAUUUUGGACACUUAAUCGGCCACCAGCGUCCAAAAUCCAAAAUCGGCCACUUGUGUCGAAAAUCCGUGAAAAGUUGACACACGUGCAUUUUAAUUACAGAACGACAUUUGAAUCAGGUCACGACAUUUCCCAAUCCUGACUACGUGUUUAUUUGACGAACGUAUAACGCUUAUAACAAAGUUCUAACCAGGAUUACUCUUUUUUCAGGUGUGGGAUCCAAGUUCUGUUAACAUAGCAGACUACGUCCGCAUACGAGUUGGUCAUGGUCUGACUCCAACCAAAGCGACACUGUUGUUAGGGAUGGUAGAACAGUUCAGUACAAGUGUUAUAUCUGAAGGUAUUUAAAAUGAAGAUAACUUUGAAUAUCUAUGUUAGAGAUUUUAUGAACCCAAACUAGAGUUGACGAUUUUUUUUUAAAAAGUAUGAAAGUUUUUUUGUUUACCACAGCCUCAUACCUGCCAAUCAAUUUGUCAGCGCUCUUAACGAAAGGAAAUCGGCCUGUUCAAAUUAAGUGAGUUGCAUAUUAACGUUUCAACAAUGAGGAAAAAAUAGAACUAAAUUUUAGUUGCUGGUAACAUUUAUAGUCUUUUAUAUGGCGAAUUUUCCUGCCGCCUUUAGAUUUAGUGAUUCCCAAUGAGUCUCUUAAUUGUAUUUGGCCAGUCGGACAAUGGUUGUGGAAUACCAAUGGCUGUCGGAAGUAUUAGAUAUGCCAAAGUCCUCGACCUAUUGUUGAAGACUUGCGCUUGGCAGUAACACAUUCUCUUCUUUCGCCCCUCAUCCUCUCAAGAUAUAGGUGGUAUGUGGUCAUCAUCUAACGACAAAGUUGUCAGCAUCAACUCCACGACUGGUAUGGCAAUGGCAACAGCUGCAGGAACUGCUACUAUUUACUACAAGAUACCUCAGUUGUACUCAGCCCAGACUGAAGUCAAAGUCGAGAGCUUGAGUUACAUUCAUGUCUCGAGAGAUGACGCCCUGGUCAUCACCAAUAUCCCGCGACUGGAUGGGCGUGGCUAUGUCAUUCCUGUUAACUUGGGACACGACUAUUUGUCGCAGGAACAAACAACCAAAGCAUCUGGUCUUGUAGAUGGAAUUCUGCUGUUUGAAGAACUAGGUUUCAAACAGGCGACACCUUUCCAGUGUAUUCUACACCUUGGUCAUGAUCUGCAAGGCAAUAUCCACGCACAUGACUUGUUUGAGGUGAAGCCCGGGUUCGUCAAUGGACAACCAAUGUGUUAUGUGGUACCAAAGAAUGCUAAAGACGAUGUGAUCAAGUCGGCAAGUUCUAUCGCUGCUCAGCUGAGUCUUGUUGUCAGGAUUUUCGACGAGAUUCAAGGUCGUAGCGAAUCCUCGGAGUCAUUAAAACUUCCCUUCGUGCCUGCAUUUGUGUUGAGUGAAACAGAACUGGAGCUUUCUGCUGAUAAACGGAAAGCGCAAGUUUUUGUUAUGGCCAAUGCUGAACAGCUGAACAACCUUGAGGUAAACUUUGUUUGAUUUUUGGUUUGUUUGUUUGUCUGUUUGUUUACUAAUUAGAUCCGUGUGUUUUUUGCUCUGGCCGGUGGAAACCCUUUCCCUUUGGAGUGACUUGUAAGAGAUUUCCCCUUCACACGUCGUCACUAAGCCAAGAGGUGAUGACAAUACAAAGUGUAUUUACCAAUCAAGAGAUAUUGUUCUUCUCAGGCUUCGCUCAAAAAGAAAUUUAUGACAGACAGAAAGGAGACCUGUCAUUAGGAUCUUAGUUGUGAAAAGAUUUGACUAGCAUUUUCGACAUUAUAGAGAUCCUAUGCAAAGAGCUUUUAGAGGCGUGGAAUAUUAAGCUCGAAGUAGAUUUUCUCUUCCUUUCUGUAUCCCGAUUUGUAUAACUUGAGUACAGCUGGAGUACAGUUGCUCACCAUCGGUCGCCUUACGGAGGAAGGUUAGAGGCCGUUUUAAAAUGAGGUUCGACUGUAGGUCUUCGAAAUGUUUGAGGCGCCACUCCUUUAGGUUUGAGCUGUUUAUGUACUCAUAUGCACAAACGCUGCAAACUGUCACAUUUUUAUCUCCAAGGUAAGAUCUCAAGACCCGUCCCUGGUCGAAUUUACAGGGUGGUUAAAUUCAGUUGAUAAGGAGGCCGAAUAUGAGAUAGAAGUUGUCGAGAAAAACGGCAAGUCGUUCAAGAGAGUCUGGGUGGAGUUUAAAAGCUUACUUACCGGCCAGAGAGGCUUAGUGUACGUGACUUACACAGCGCCAUCCAGUGGUGCAGUCCCUGUGCUGUUACCAGGAGCAAUUCCAAGCAGUGAGCAGUGUCCAACAGUCGCAGCAGGCAAAAUAGAGAGAAGCUUUCAAGGAUUUCUCUUCGCCUUGCUUGGACAGACAAGUGCUUGGAUAAUCGGUUUGUCAUUUUUUAUUGGGUGCAUAAUUCUUGCGCUGAUCUUAUGCUGCAGUCCUCGUGGCAGGGGUGCCAGUAGUGGAGCAGUGUCUGGAGCGGCCUCUCCCAGCCCUCUCAGAGGGGCCCCUCAGCAUGGAAGCCCUUAUCCACAAGGUCCAUAUCCUGGUUCAUCAACAGGUACAUUGUCCGCGGGAAGGCCCAUUUAUCUGAGCUCAACCACAGGCGCAUUUUCACCGGGAGCUGGGGCGUAUGGAUCUCGUGGUGGUGCGAACGACACAUCUCUUCGGUCCUUUCCAGAGGAGCACGAUGAAACACACCGAGAAAUAUCCACAACAUACCGGCACACCAAAACCUCUGCUCGCACAUAUCUUUCCGACGAUAGUUCUCACGCCUCUGGAGCAACGUCUAUUGGGCGUGUUUCACCGAACAAGUCACCCAGAUUGUUCAGUGUCAAUCAAUAACGUAAGAUUGACGUGAACUUUCAUGAUAUUUCGAUAUUUAAUGUGCUACUUGUGGAAUUGGCUACGUGUUUACAGUUUAAGGAGGAAUGGCAUAUUUCCUUGUAACUCUCAACGCAAAGAUGCUAAAGUUAUUGUUCGAUGACAUUUUUUGUGUUGAUGCUUGAAAGGCUAACUGAAGUGUACUUCUUACUUGUCCUAAGUCACUGUAAAAGAGGUUUUAGGGGAAGGGCGAACUCCAAGAAAAAGACAAACCAACCAAAAAUCAAUAUAAAAUGAAUUCAUACAAGUGAAAAUUGAGCGAAAAAUUGGCACAACGAAGUACUGUUGUAAAAAAUUUCAAUAGUCUUCUUUCAAACAAAUUCCAAAGGAGGAGAACGAGUCGUCGAGAGUGAAAUUCAUUCGAGAGAAAUUACUUAGUCUGUCCCAAUUGGAAAUUACGGGCUGGAGGCACUUUGCGAAAUAAUUGGUGUUAACAUUGUUUCAGAACCUCUGAAAGCUCUAGCUUAAAUUCGUGGAAGUGAUCACUUAAGGUUUUCUAAGUGGAUCGUGAUAAACUUGAUUUUACUAGUUUUCUAAUAUAAACUAAAACUUUCAAAAUGCUGCCUUAACCGUAUUUUUAUACAGUAUAGGUCUUGCGAAAAGUGUAUUAUGCUGAGAACAGCGGGUUAAUUGGAUCUUGAAGAUAAUAAUUUUCGAUGCUUCGUGUAUUUAUUGACCCAGUUAAAUAUUUUUGUAGGUACCGUGUCUUUUUU